AUGUUUAUGCAAGAAUAUGAAAACCUUAAACACAUGGAGUGCGUAUGCGACGCAGGCGGUGAUAAACAGGUAAUCGAUGACAAUAAUUGCUUUUAUCUACCACACUCGUAUGUGAUAAAUGACCGCAGUAGAACAACAAAGCUUCGUGUUGUUUUCGACGGGUCAGCAAAAACAAGUACCGGCAUAUCAUUAAAUGAUACAUUAAUGAAUGGUCCGAAAAUACAGCCUGAUUUGUUAGAAAUCGUCAUUCGGUUUAGAACACAUAGAUAUGCGUUCUCGGUCGAUAUAACAAAAAUGUAUCGACAGGUAUUAAUACACAAAGAAGAUCGCGAUUAUCAACGCAUAUUGUGGAGAUCUGAUCAAAAUGAUAAAAUAAAAAUUUAUAAGUUGUGUACUGUAACAUACGGUUUAGCACCUGCAGGAUUUUUGGCAGUAAGUUGUGUUAACCGCGUUGCUGAGGACGCCGUCAACGUAAAAUUAAAAGAAAUUAUAAAAAACGAUUUCUGUGUAGACGAUUGUCUUACCGGAGCCGAUACGUUAACGGAAGCAAUACAAUUACGUAAUGAACUGAUUUCAAUCAUGCAUAAGGCAGGAUUUGAAUUAUCUAAAUGGACAGCAAAUCAUAAAAACCUAAUCCCGGACACAAAUGAAAACGAAGCAUCGUCAGUAUCAAUGGAUAAGGAAAGUGUGAAGACCUUGGGUUUGUAUUGGGAACCAAACAGUGAUCAUUACACUUACGUUGUUCAACCACCGAAAAUAAACAUUGAGGUAACCAAAAGAGAUGUUAUUGCUGGACUAGCAACAUUAUUCGACCCAUUAGGUCUAGUAGGUCCAGUAAUAUUAGUGGGCAAAAUAUUACUACAAGAUUUAUGGCGUGAGAAAAUUGAAUGGGAUAGUCAAAUUCCACCACACAUGCAAUCGGUGUGGAACGGGUAUAUCGAUUGUUUAAAUGAAUUAAAUACUUUUAAUAUACCACGUUGGCUUGGAUCCAAUAAUCAUAAACAAAUUGAGAUACACGGGUUCGCAGAUGCGUCCAUGAAGGCGUAUGGCGCCUGUAUAUACAUGCGUACGUCAGAUAAGGACGGUAAUAUUACGUGUCAAUUAGUGUGUGCCAAAUCUCGUAUUACGCCAAUAAAGGUAAUUUCUAUUCCUAGAUUAGAGCUAUGCGCGGCGCUACUUUUAUCCACUAAUGUCUAA